GGAGACUUAUCUAUUCGUAAAGAGAAUAGAGAUGCCCGUCUUGGCCGUCUUAUCACAUGGGACGGCAUGCCCUGAUAUAAGUCGUAGACCUCGUGUUAUGGAUCUUCAGGCCCCCUUCCGGCUUCUUGCAAAUGAAGGUCUUUAUACGACUCUUCGAAGAUGGCAGACAUUAUAGAAAGUGUACCUGGAACGGAUUAUCUGGUGGAUGUGAACCACAAAGUGGAGGUUCAACAUGCAGGGACCGAAGGUUCCUCGGACAUUAUCCUCAUACCUCAGCCCACAGAGUGCGAUGGUGAUCCUUUGAGAUGGCCAAGAUGGAAGAAGUACUAUCAAUUAUUCCUUGUCGCUCUAUACGCUUGCGCGUUCUCAUAUGGUGAGAACACUCUAGGUGCAGCUUGGACGACAGUCAGCGAGGAUACAGGUGUAAGCCUGACCAACAUGAACGGUGGCAGUGCGCUCAACUAUCUACUCCUUGGCUUCGUAAAUAUCUUCUGGAUCCCAGCAGCAAUGAAAAUCGGCCGCCGACCAGUGUUUCUGCUCACAACCAUCCUCUGUCUCUGCGCUGGUGUCUGGACUGGCAAAUUCCACGGCACAGGACAAUGGUUUGGAGCGCAGGUUUUGAAUGGGCUGGGGACAAGUGCAUACCAAGCUGUGAUUCAGCUGAGUAUUUUCGAUCAAUUCUUUGCUCAUCAGAGAGGCCGAAUGCUGAGUGUCUAUUUGUUCGGACAGCAGCUUGGUUCGAUCCUGGGUCUGAUAACAGGAGGAACAAUUGCAGACAACUUGAGCUGGAGGUGGAGUCAAUAUAUCGUCGCCAUUAUUGAUGGCGUGGUUUUGAUCCUCUUGUUCCUUAGUUUCGAAGAGACUCUUUUCCCAAGGUUUCUAUUUACCAGCUCAGGCAAUCCAGUCCACAAUGCUGCUGCUCAAAAGCCAGAUUCGGAGAGCAAGGAUUCGCAUACGAUCGCCAGCGUCUCGAACCAUUAUGGCUUCCCGAGACGUAAAUUGGUGGAAAGACUCAGGUUAUGGGUAUAUUACCCAGAAGACCGGACAACAUACUGGCAGUAUUUCCGGCGGCCAUUUUUCCUAUUGUCGUUCCCGAACGUCAUAAUAGCUGCAUUCAUCUUCGCAUUUGGCUGCACGGCUGGCAUCGUGUCCUUCAACACCAUCUCCGAAAUACUCACCUCUCCGCCAUAUAAUUGGUCCACCACCUCGACUGGACUUGUCUUUUUAGCUGCCUUGGUUGGCAAUGUCGUAGGUUGGGCCACAGGGACUCUCUCUGACCAGAUCGUGAUUCAUCUCGCUCGACGCAACGGGGGUAUCAAGGAGCCUGAGAUGAGAUUGUGGACUCUCGGAUUUUCCAUGGUCUACGCAGUCCUUGGGUAUUUCCUGUACGGUUGGGGGGCCCAGUCUGGGGCUCACUGGAUGACGAUUGCUUUCGGUGUAGGCUGCAUGAUCGCCCAUCAAGUCAGCGCCUGCUCCAUUGCAACUGCGUACGCAAUGGAAUGCUUCCCAGGCAUGUCUGGCGAAAUGGUCGUCAUAUUGGCGAUGUGCAGCUCAUUGAUUAAUUUUGCAUUCUCGUACUCCGUGCAGCCGUUUAUCAAUGCCGCUGGGUAUGGGUGGACUUUCACGUUCUUUGGUCUUUCAGUCUGGGCAUCGAUGCUUGCUGCAGUUCCAAUGAUUAUGUACGGAAAACGGUGGCGAAUCCGUUGUGCUCCAAAGUAUUAUCGGUUUGUCAACGAGAACCGAGCCGAAUAAAAGAGGAAAGUCGGUCGUGAAGCAUGAGAGGGAUGGGGAAUAUGAAGUAGAGUAAUAGCUCAAUCCGAGAUCUGCUUCUAGAAAUUCAGUACAUCGGUUUCCCUCCGUCGAGCAACAGUUAGUUCAUAUCAUUGUGUAUCACAG